GUAGAUCUGUUAUUGGUCAAUUUUAAGCCAAUCGCGAGCGAUGGAAUUUGAAUUUAAAAGUCUUUGUGAAAACGUGGACGUGUGUACAACAGAGUACUUGGCGUGCAUAUUUCCCUUAAGUAAUUCUGUUAUAAGGUAUUAUUUUGAGAUGUCAAUAACCACUUAAGUCAAUAUAUAAUAUGGAAGAUACUUUGAAAUGCUCGCUGAAUAUAGAAAGUCUAAGUAAAAUGGGAGUCAGCACAAAAUGUAAUGUAUUAAAAUCUGCACAACUUUUAUUAGGUAGAAAUGAAUUUAGAGAUAUAAUUUUGAAGGUCGAAUCCAACAAAUUCAAUGCAAAGUACGUCGUGAAAGACGCAUCUAUACAUAAAAGAUUUGUCAAGGACGGAAAAGCUACAAUAAAGUUGUCAAAUCAGAACCUACAAUUUAUGAUUUCAAACUGUCCUCCUAGAAGUUUAAUGAUAUUUAUAAAGACUUUAAGUUUGAAGAUGCAAAAUUCCAAGGCGGAAACAUCGUUGACCGGAAGACAGCGCUUGCUGGCGGAUAAGGCAAAGACAUUUGAAGAAAUCAGUCCCCUGACUGAAAAGGAUGUAAAUGUGAUGAAGACUAACAGAAUAUCAGCUGUUGCAUUCUCCACAACACCAAACAGUAAAAAGAGAAAAAUAAAUGAAACAACAGAGAAAGAGAAAACACAAUCCGUGCCCAAGAAUUUAUCAUCUUUUCAACUUACUGCUGAGCAGAAAAACGUAUUGAAUGCAAUUCUUAGCGGUCAGAAUGUAUUCUUCACAGGGAGCGCCGGCACCGGAAAGUCUUAUUUAUUGAAACGAAUCGUCGGAGUGUUGCCUCCCGAUACCACGUUUGCCACGGCUAGUACGGGUGUGGCCGCGUGCCAAAUUGGUGGGAUAACUCUUCAUUCGUUUGCAGGUAUUGGGUCGGGCAAAGCCGACAUUCAGCAAUGUAUCCAACAGGCUCUUAGAAAAGAUGUGGUGCAGCAAUGGAGAAAGUGUAAUCAUUUAAUUAUAGAUGAAAUAUCAAUGAUAGAUGGCCAAUUUUUUCAGAAAUUAGAGAGAAUAGCUCGCAUAGUAAGGAAUAAUCAGAAACCAUUCGGAGGGAUACAGUUAAUUCUCAGUGGCGAUUUUUUGCAGUUGCCUCCCGUUACUAAAGGAAGUGAGAAAUGCACCUUUUGCUUUCAGAGUGAAGCUUGGAGAAAUUGCAUCAAUGUCAGUUUGGAAUUAACGCAAGUUAUGAGACAAAAGGAUGAGAAAUUCAUUCGAAUAUUACAAGACAUCAGAGUCGGAAGAUGCACAGAGGAAACCACAAAUAUAUUAUUACAAACUGCCGAUAACAUUGUAGAAAAUGAUGGAAUUUUAGCUACCAGACUCUGCACGCACAAAGACGAUGUCGAGUUUAUUAACGAAAGUAAACUCAAGAGUUUACCCGGUAAAUCUCGGCUAUUUAAGGCUUCCGACAGUGAUCCGAUGUUAAGCAAGUAUAUAGAUUCCCAUUGUCCAGUCGGACUGCAAAUUGAAUUGAAAGAAGGAUCUCAGAUUAUGCUAACUAAAAAUAUGGAUUUGCAGAAAGGUCUUGUGAAUGGAGCUCGUGGUGUUGUAAUUGGAUUUGAUCAGCAACGAGAAGGGCUACCAAUUAUCAAAUUUUUAUGUGGAGUAAAACAAACUGUCGCAUACGAAAGAUGGCUUGUCAAAGCUCCCGGAGGAGUUCACUUGAUUAGGCGACAGUUGCCCUUAAUGCUGGGUUGGGCAAUGUCUAUUCAUAAAUCUCAGGGAAUGACAUUAGACUGUGUAGAAAUCUCUCUGGGGAGAGUUUUCGAGAGCGGCCAGGCUUACGUUGCCCUGUCCAGAGCUCGUAAUCUGGAAGGACUACGUGUGAUAGAUUUUGAUAAAAGUCACGUCAGGGCAAAUCCAGUAGUUUUAGCAUUUUAUAGACAGCUUAGGUAUGCAAGUUCUGCCUUGGAGACUUUCCGUUUAUGACGGUUACUCUAUAUAAAUUGAUGAAUUUUUAUUACAGUUAUGUAGUUAUGCUCAAAAUUUAAUUUCUAAUAAAGUAUUUAUUUUUUUAUCUUGUUUUUUUAAUAAAACCUUGUGACCAAAACAAAUUUUU